AGAACACUGUAAUUUGAAUUAUUUGUUUGUUUUUCAGCACAUACUCUCGUGACAAAUAGUUAUGUUUCGCUGAGGAUUGGAUAUUAAUGUUGUUGAGUUUUGAUGCUGAAGUUGGUUGAGUUUGUUUGUGAUGAGUUGUUUCUCUCUUCUUUGUGGAAGAAAGGGGUCUUCUUCGGCGGCGCAACCAACCGGAGCUGAUAUAGAUCUUUCUAGCUUUAAGAACAUCAAUCUCUACACAUACAAGGAAUUGCAGAUUGCGACAGAAAAUUUUAGUCCUGCAAAUAAGAUAGGGGAGGGAGGUUUCGGAUCGGUAUAUAAGGGAAAGUUGGGAGAUGGUACUCUGGCUGCUAUUAAGGUUUUGUCAGCUGAAUCUAAACAAGGAGUCAAAGAGUUCUUGACGGAAAUCGAGGUGAUUUCUACUAUAGAGCAUGAGAAUCUAGUUAAGUUGUAUGGUUGCUGUGUGGAAAGGAACCAGAGGAUUUUGGUAUAUGGCUAUCUUGAGAAUAACAGCCUAGCACAAACACUUGGUGGUGGAGGCCAUAGUAGCUUGUACUAAAGCUGGCAUACACGGAGGAACAUUUGCAUCUGCAUUGCGCGGGGUCUUGAAUUUCUUCAUCAUGAAGUUGAGCCACAUAUUAUCCAUAGAGACAUUAAAGCUAGCAAUAUAUUACUUGACAAAGACUUGCAGCCCAAAAUUUCGGAUUUCGGUCUAGCAAGGCUUAUUCCGGCAAACAUUACCCAUAUUAGUACCCUUGUUGCUGGCACAGCUGGCUAUCUAGCACCUGAAUAUGCGAUACGAAGUCAAGUGACAAGAAAAUCAGAUGUCUACAGUUUUGGAGUUCUGCUAUUAGAAAUUGUUAGCGGAAGGUGUAACACAAAUAGACGUUUACCUGCAAAAGAAAGGUAUCUACACACAAAGGCUUGGGAUUUGUAUGAGAGGGGGGAGCUGGAGAGUUUGGUUGAUUCCUCGCUAGCCGGCGACUUUGAUGUGGAGGAGGCGAUAAGGUUUUGCAAGAUUGGUCUCAUUUGCAUUCAGGAUUCUCUUCAGCUCCGGCCUUCAAUGUCCACUGUGCACGACAUGCUGAUAGGCAAAACAGAUGUCAAUGAGAAGAUGAUGUCAAAACCAGGCUUACUAUUUGAGUUUGUGGAAUCGAAAGAUCAAGGAAAACAGAAAGGCAAGGUUGAAGAAAUUGAAGUGGAAAAUACAUCUUUGAUGGCUAUGACUAGUUCAGAAAGGAAAGAUGAUUUGGAAAGUUCAUCUUUUUCAGGAAGCACAGGAUCUUAUGCUACAAUGACCUUCACUUCAAUUUAUGAUAGAUGAUGGAAGCAAUUAAGCUCCCUAUUGCUUGACCCUUUUGUGUCUUCAAUGAUUUGUGGAGAUACAAAUUACUGUAUGCAAUUUUGCACUAAAUAUUCUUCUAUUGUUUAUAGAUCAUAAUCAAUGAUUCCAUUUAGGAAAUUACAGAACAGAUUUGUAUAGGGUUAGUCAGUGAUUUAAAUAAAAAGUGCUUUAAUUUUGGUUUUUCAUGUUUA